AUGCGCUUCGCAUUUCUGUCGCCGUUACUAGCGUUCGCGACGUUGGUCGCAGCACACCCAGGUGAACACCACAGCUUCGUCAGGAAAUCGGAUGAGUUGAUCGCCCAUGAGCUUAUGGCGCGCAAGUGCGCUGGCGCUAUUGCCGAGUUUGAGAACCAGCGGAGAGUGGCCAGGGAAGCCAAGCACCCAUACCUCGCCCGGAGGCAAACACCGACCACUACAGCACCUACGCCGCACUAUACGACGAUACAGAACUCCACUUGCGUUACAGCGGUGGAGCUCACAGAAGGCCCUUAUUACAUCCGCAACGAGUACAUCCGCUAUGACCUUCGAGAGAACCAAGGCGGCGUGACGCUCGUCCUCGACGUUGGGGUGAUUGAUACCACGACCUGCAGGCCCUUCCCUAAUGCUUUUGUGGAGCUUUGGGCCGUCAACGCCACGGGCUUUUAUGGUGGAUACAGUCCUGGAGGAAAUGUUCACACAGACACCUUCCUCCGGGGUGGUCAGUUCACCAACGAGAACGGAAUUGUGGAACUCACUACCCUCUUUCCGGGCUACUACACUGGACGCACAUCGCACAUCCAUGCAAUGAUCCACAAGAACGCGCAGAGGAACGCCAACGGAACCAUUGCCUCUGGUUCCGGCCAGGUCAAUCACAUCGGCCAGUUCUUCUUCGACGAAAGUUGGAACGACCGAGUGUUCUCCACGGCUCCGUACACGAACACGAGGGAGAUCAGGAUGUACAACAACCAGGACUGGAUCCUUUGGCAAGGUGGAGCCAGUGCUUUCGUCAAUACAGAACCGCUCGGUGCAGCUCUGACCGAUGGCCUUCUCGGGUACAUCACCGUAGCGGUGGACGGAAGCAAGAAUUACCGAAUUAUGAACACAAACGUCAUGUGA